GACAGAGCCGAGUGUCCCUUUAAGCAGGGAGUACAAAUUCCCAUCCCAGUCCCUCCCUUCUGCUCAUCCUGACGACGUCAGCAGGAAGGCGUGUGUGAGUGAGUGAGGGGCUGAGGUGCCGCCUGCACACACACACACACACACACACACACACACACACACACACACUUCCAGACCAGUCCCUGCCCACCAGCUCCACGCGCCAGAGAGGCAGGGUGCUGCCAGCUGCAGAAGGCACAGCCUGGACCCCAGCUGCCCGGGCGAGACGGAGCCUGUAGCUGGUGAGGCCUCUGAGCAGGGCCAGGCCAGGCCCUGCCCAAUAGGACAUCCAAGUCCUUCGCUGGUCCCUGUGCCCCAGAGCCCGCCAGGCUCUCCUGCUGGCCCCACCAUGACGUCAGAGCCAACAUCCCCUCCAGUGGUGCCACCCCUGCACUCCCCCAAAUCUCCUGUUUGGCCCACUUUCCCCUUCCACAGGGAGGGCAGCAGAGUCUGGGAAAGGGGUGGCAUUUCUCCUCGGGACCUGCCCAGCCCUCUGCCUACCAAACGGACCAGGACUUAUUCAGCGACAGCCCGAGCCUCAGCUGGUCCUGUGUUCAAGGGCGUCUGUAAGCAGUUCUCACGCUCACAGGGCCACGGCUUCAUCACUCCCGAGAAUGGCUCUGAGGACAUCUUCGUGCACGUAUCCGACAUCGAAGGAGAGUAUGUGCCAGUGGAAGGCGACGAGGUGACCUACAAGAUGUGCCCCAUCCCGCCCAAGAACCAGAAGUUCCAGGCCGUGGAGGUGGUGCUCACCCAGCUGGCCCCCCAUACGCCCCACGAGACGUGGUCCGGCCAGAUUGUGGGGUCCUAGGUGGGGGGGUUCCCGUGGGGGAGGGCGGCCUCAGUGUACUCGUCUGUCUGUCUGUCUGUGCUCGUGGCCGUGAGUGUGUGCCUCAACCCACCUGUGACCUGUGACUGUCGUGCAAGCUGGCAGGAGGCUGGACGGAGGGGAGGCCGUCAGCCCUGCGUGGCCCCACUGUCCCUCCUCCUGGCCCUGCCACAUACACACAGGACCCGCUCCCCUCCUGCCCACUGCCCACGUACUGACUAAGCCUUGAUGAGCCUGUGUCAGGUUCAUGGGGACGCCCUCCUCUGAGCUUGCUCUCCUCACUGCUGUCCCCAGCCAGAUUCUGCUUGUCUCCCGUCUCUCGUCCUGGACCAGGGUGUCUGCAUGGCCUGGACCCUUUCCCUUAGAAGCCAGGCCUGUAAACGCUUGGGGGGGGGGGCUCCAGCUUUAGGCAGUGGAAGAGGGCAGGAUACGAAAGCCCGUGAUUCCCCCCAGACCACCUUGCUGCUUCCACUCUUUCAGUAGCCCACUGGGGGGAGGCAAGAGAGGCUUGAGGGUAGAAGGGGACUUGGGGAUUUGUGCUCGGUAGGCCAGUGUCUCCUCUCCUCAGCCUGGCAGUGGCUCUGUGAGCCCUCAUUCCCUCCUCCUAAGCUGAGGUGGGGAGCCACCGCCUCCAUCCUGACUUACAAACUCAGUGGAUGUUCUGUCCUGCCUUGCUGCCUGGCCUUCACAGCAGCCGAGGACACAGUGAAGGACCAGCACAUGUCCUCUCGGAAAAGGCCAGGCCAAGGCCCCUCAGCCUGAGACAACAGCACUGGCCUUGCCACCCCCAAAGCAGACCCUCUUUCCAGAGCUUCAGGAUGGUGGCUCUCUUAAGCCCCUGAUAGGCCAGCAGCUGAGAUGGCACUAAUCGUAUCCGUCCCUAGUAUGUGACUGUCCCUCUCACCUGGAGGCUCUUUGGGACCAAGAUGUUAUCUGGAAGAUGUUAUCUUCCAGAGUCCAUUCCUGCUGGAAAGGGUAUAUGGGAUCACAGGAUCGGGGAGGGCCUGCCAGGACAGUGACCCUGAGACCCAGUCUACAAGUACAACUGAUUCCUCAUCUGCCCAGGAUGAGGGCAUCAGUGACUGGUUAGGUGGCCUUAUAGGUGCCCCAAGAUCACAGGACAGAGUCAGCGUGGUACCUGCAUCCAUCCCUGUCCCGAUACCCAUCACACAGAGACCAGGGGCCCAGGGGUGUGUUGGCCAACACCCCCCAGUGUGAAGGGUCCACUGUGAGCUAGGCUUCUCCAACAAGGCCUGUCCCUGAGGAACGCGACUUCAGAACUCCCUGGCCGGCUUGGCACAGGGCUUAUUGGUAGAGGAAGACCCUGGAGCUCCACCCACCCUCCUAUGACCAGGUCACCUUUAGGCAUCAGCCUAGGUGGCAGAUGGCAGCAGUUCUCCUCCCUGGUCUUGGGCUCUGCAGUGCCCGGACAAAAAUCCUCCCCAGACUCCCUACCUUUCCUAACACUGGCAAUAAACUCAACUGUGACCCCCUG